GUCCAAGAUCGUGACGCCAUCAAAAAGACUUUCCAGUUUGCCGAUUUUUCGCAAGCCUGGGCGUUUAUGAGUCGGUCUGCCUUGCUGGCGGAAAAAAUGGAUCACCACCCGGAAUGGUUCAACGUUUACAGCACAGUGGAAAUCACGUUAAUGACUCAUGAUUGUGGAGGAGUUUCGGAAAAGGUAAAGAGUUAG